AGCUACAAGGAAAACAGAGAGAAAGGUAUGCCAAGCUACAAGGAAAACAGAGAGAAAGGUAUGCCAAGCUUCAAGGAAAACAGAGAGAAAGGUAUGCCAAGCUACAAGGAAAACAGAGAGAAAGGUAUGCCAAGCUACAAGGAAAACAGAGAGAAAGGUAUGCCAAGCUACAAGGAAAACAGAGAGAAAGGUAUGCCAAGCUACAAGGAAAACAGAGAGAAAGGUAUGCCAAGCUACAAGGAAAACAGAGAGAAAGGUAUGCCAAGCUUCAAGGAAAACAGAGAGAAAGGUAUGCCAAGCUACAAGGAAAACAGAGAGAAAGGUAUGCCAAGCUACAAGGAAAACAGAGAGAAAGGUAUGCCAAGCUACAAGGAAAACAGAGAGAAAGGUAUGCCAAGCUACAAGGAAAACAGAGAGAAAGGUAUGCCAAGCUACAAGGAAAACAGAGAGAAAGGUAUGCCAAGCUACAAGGAAAACAGAGAGAAAGGUAUGCCAGGCUACAAGGAAAACAGAGAGAAAGGUAUGCCAAGCUACAAGGAAAAUAGAGAGAAAGGUAUGCCAAGCUUCAAGGAAAACAGAGAGAAAGGUAUGCCAAGCUACAAGGAAAACAGAGAGAAAGGUAUGCCAAGCUACAAGGAAAACAGAGAGAAAGGUAUGCCAAGCUUCAAGGAAAACAGAGAGAAAGGUAUGCCAAGCUACAAGGAAAACAGAGAGAAAGGUAUGCCAAGCUACAAGGAAAACAGAGAGAAAGGUAUGCCAAGCUACAAGGAAAACAGAGAGAAAGGUAUGCCAAGCUACAAGGAAAACAGAGAGAAAGGUAUGCCAAGCUUCAAGGAAAACAGAGAGAAAGGUAUGCCAAGCUACAAGGAAAACAGAGAGAAAGGUAUGCCAAGCUACAAGGAAAACAGAGAGAAAGGUAUGCCAAGCUACAAGGAAAACAGAGAGAAAGGUAUGCCAAGCUACAAGGAAAACAAAGAGAAAGGUAUGCCAAGCUACAAGGAAAACAAAGAGAAAGGUAUGCCAAGCUACAAGGAAAACAGAUAGAAAGGUAUGCCAAGCUACAAGGAAAACAGAGAGAAAGGUAUGCCAAGCUACAAGGAAAACAGAGAGAAAGGUAUGCCAAGCUACAAGGAAAACAGAGAGAAAGGUAUGCCAAGCUUCAAGGAAAACAGAGAGAAAGGUAUGCCAAGCUUCAAGGAAAACAGAGAGAAAGGUAUGCCAAGCUACAAGGAAAACAGAGAGAAAGGUAUGCCAAGCUACAAGGAAAACAGAGAGAAAGGUAUGCCAAGCUACAAGGAAAGCAAAGAGAAAGAAGAUGGGUUUAAGUACAUUGUCGAGCUGCACCAGGUGUGUUCCUCCCGUCUGAUACAUCAUCCUUAGAAGCUCCUCAGAAAAGGCCAGUAUGUGGCCUGACAUUUGAACUGUGCAGAGAAUUUUUUGGUCCAAACGCUUUCAAGUAAAUUCCUCUGCAAAAUCCAAGGUCUCCCCGGGAGAGAGUGUGUGUGUGUGUGUGUGUGUGUGUGUGUGUGUGUGUGUGUGUGUGUGUGUGUGUGUGUGUGUGUGUGUGUGUGUGUGUGUGUGUGUGUGUGUGUGUGUGUGUGUGUGUGUCCUCCAUAUUUCCUGCCACACUGCUAAAUGAUUUAUCCAUCACCCAUCUUUUGGGAUCAACCUGGUUUUUAAAUAACCAAUGUUUUACGUUUGUUUUUAAUUUUCUGUAUAAGCCCAUAAAUCACUUUCCCCUCAACACCACUCAAAUCCAUCUUCCCAAGCCAUGGAAUUGCAUAUAAAAGUAGGCCAGACAUAGUGGAGGGACUUCUACAUGAUCUGAUCAACUGAAAGGUCACAGGAGGACAUUUUGGGGCAGACACUAUCCAUUUGACAAUAAAUACAGGGGCAUUGUAUUGUUUCAAACUGAGUGCUUUGUGGAGAGAGGAGACCAGUACACAUAACAGGUCUAUAACAAGGCGUAUCCAUGGAACAGACAUGAAUACCAACUAGAAUACCAGUCCCUUCGUGGACUCUUUCCAUCGAAAUCCAUUGGCCACAACAAUCCUGUUUAUUUUCAUUUUCCAUUUCCCCAACAAGGCAGAGUAGGCAACCGUUCCAAUGUUCUGCCGGUGGUUCUGGCUGUGCAGACUAACGUCCAUAUCUGGGUCCUCUCUGUCGAAUCACCUCAAUAUCCCUGGCUGCCUGGCUGUUAGUCUGUGUGACUGUCCUGUUCUGCCAGACAGAGAGGGAGAGAGAGGCCAGGGAUAGGCCCAUCUGCAGCCUCUGAUAACAUUAUACCCUCUCAGAUGAACAUGGAGAUAUCAGCAUCUGGACCGUCUCCGAGAGGCUGUAUCUAGCCACAGAGCCAGGCAGCGUUACAUCUAUCGCUCCAUGCACCGCUGUAAACUACAGAGAGCCCAGAGAACAGCACAUCACACUCACUGAACUGAGAUCAAUCCAGCUCUACCUGCUUAUCACCUUCUAACCAUCCUGACAAAAAGACCUCUUAGAGACAGAGCUAUAAACUCAACAAGCACCAACCCAUCUUCAAGGUCGCUGGUACUUGGCUGUUUUCUUAGCUCCGGCCACACAUCUCAGAGAAUAACAAUCUCUCCCUUUAAAAAGGAGAGUUCCACUGUGAGCCAGAGAUCCUUUAUUCCCAUCGGAGGCAGAGAUGCUUUCUUCCCUCUGCGCAGGUGGCCCACACUGCUUUGUUUCUCAUCGAAAGGACUGCAUGAAUUGAUGAUCUUAUGAAUCUGUAAAAAGCCCUGCAAAUCAUCUGGGUAAAUCUCCCCGCAGCAACAUUUAGCACCUCCCUGGACUCUCUCCCCUCUCCCCUCUGGAACGCUUAGGGGUCUUUAAAUGUGGCAAACUUUUCGAGGAUUGUUUUCAUGUCCUGGUAAUUAAUUGCCCCUAAUUAAUGGUGGUUUACGGUUUACUAAUGAAGUGGAACAAAGCUCACUCCUGACACUAAAGCUGUUGUCUCAGGCUGAGGGAGAGAGUUGGGUGUGAUUCCUGCGAUUAAGAGCGAUGUUACUGUAGAGAGAUUCCAGUGGUGUGUGUCAACAAUAGUACUGAGCGAUUAGUGCUUUUUGAGUUCGGUUUGGUUUCGGUUUAAUUGUUUAAAAAAUAUAACGGUUUUCGAUUUCGGUUUUGAUUAUUUGGGUUGAUUGCUAUAACACAGGAUCUAACAAUUAAUAGACGUCUCAUGAUUAUCACUUACUAACCAUCAUUUAUUCACAUUACUUUACUAAAACAUUUCUGUGGUUGUGUAUAUUACAUUGGUUUUAUUUGAUGACUUUAUUAUCAAUUAGCUGUUAAUAAAAAAAUAAAAAUAAACUGAGAUUUCGAUUAAUCGGCUCAGCACUAGUCAACAAUUAUCUGGCCUCCCUCCAGAACCAUAUUGCUCAAUCUUGUGUAUUUGAUCUGGUGGCAGCAGUUAUCCUUUUCACUGAAUCUAGCAAUCAACAGACAUGCUUGUUGUUGAAAGAGCAUAUGGGACGGCUCAGAUAAACAAAGCAUCACUGUUGGUAACAGCUAAUAAUGAGAAACUUUCUUCUGCAACUCCCCCACUUCAAACACACAUUAGGAGCCAAACAACUCAUUAUCGCCAUUAUCGUAAUUAGCUGGCCUGAAUAAGGAACAUAAUCAGUCUGGAAAAUCAAUGUUUCUGUCACGCCCUGACUGUAGAGAGCGUUUUAUGUCUCUAUUUUGGUUUGGUCAGGGUGUGAUUUGGGUGGGCAGUCUAUGUUCUAUGAUUUUCUAUUUCUGUCUGUUUGGCCGAGUGUGGUUCUCAAUCAGAGGAAGCUGUCUAUCGUUGUCUCUGAUUGAGAACCAUACUUAGGUACACUUUUCCCCAGCCUGUUUUGUGGGAAGUUAACUUUGUCUUUGUUCAGGGCACAUAACCCAAAGCUUCACGAUUUGGUUUUUGUUCUUGUUCGU